UUUUCCUUUUAUCUUACUUUGAAAAACUACUUCCGCAAUGACAGGAAGUCUCUGUAUGUCCAGAUCCAUCAUGGCUCCUCCAGUCGCAGUGUCACCGCUAAUCAAGACGGCCAGAUGGUCUGCCCUGCUGAUCGGUAUGCUCUAUGGGAAGCAGAGGUUUGAUCACCUGAAGCCUAUUGCUGAAGAGGAGAGGAGAGUUGAGGAGGCAGAGAAGAAGCUCAGAGAGGAGCAGGAGCGCAUCUACAAGCAACUGUCAGAAGCAAGUUCUGACACCAUCCUCAAAUGAACUACCUAUGGACAAAUCCUGAACUCAAUAAAAAUCUCCAAUAUUCUUCA